CCACUCCAGUGGCGGAGGAGCAAGCAAAACAAAAUCGUGUACUGCUGGCUUUUGUACGGAAAAUUUCCCAAUUGCAAAUAAUGACUCCGCAAAGUGAGGUGUAUUAGCACGGAGGAAAGUACCACAAGCAAUGUGUAGAGUGUAUUUGUUGAAGUGUUCUUGUUUUUAUUGACAAUUUUCGUACGAAAAUAAGGAAAUUAAAAUGGCGGAUCAUCCAAAUUUGUCAAAUCGCUCGAGAUUUACCAAAAUGGAUUUCAGUCCUAACGCCAAUCCCGUCGAAAGCGAGAGACGGCGCCAAAUGCUGAAGCUCAGUUUCCAGCAGGAUGCUGUGAAACCCGUGAAGCCCACACCGUUGCCGGACAGAACGAGAGAUAGGAUAAAGCUCCAGGCGACGGGGAAGCUGCAGCUGACGCCCGGCGAGGAGUACGAUUUCACGUCCGAGGACCUCCAGGACUUGGGUGAAAUCGGACGGGGUGCCUUCGGAGCAGUAAAUCAGAUGAUUUUCAAGCGUACCAACACUGUGAUGGCUGUGAAGAGGAUUCGGUCCACCGUGGACGAGCGGGAGCAGAAGCAGCUCCUCAUGGAUCUCGAAGUGGUGAUGAAGUCCAAUGAGUGCAACUACAUUGUGCAAUUCUACGGGGCGCUCUUCAAGGAGGGCGAUUGCUGGAUUUGCAUGGAGUUGAUGGACACUUCACUGGAUAAGUUCUAUAAAUUCAUCUGUGAGCGACAGAAUCAGCGGAUUCCUGAGUCCAUUCUGGCCAAGAUAACUGUGGCCACGGUGCAGGCGCUCAACUACCUGAAGGAGAAGCUUAAGAUCAUCCAUCGGGACGUGAAGCCGAGCAAUAUUUUGCUUCAUUCGCGUGGUGACAUUAAACUAUGUGAUUUUGGCAUUUCUGGGCAGCUAGUCGACUCAAUUGCGAGAACUAAAGACGCCGGAUGCCGGCCCUACAUGGCUCCUGAACGGAUAGAUCCGCAGCGAGCGAAGGGUUACGAUGUGCGGAGUGAUGUGUGGUCAUUAGGAAUAACACUGAUGGAAGUGGCCACUGGGAAAUUCCCUUAUCCCAAGUGGGGAUCAGUUUUUGAGCAACUCUACCAGGUCGUCCAAGGAGAGCCGCCCAGUUUGACUACAUCCUACAAUGGCAUGGAGUUCUCAGAGGAGUUUGUAGCUUUUGUAAAUACAUGUUUAAUUAAGGACGAAAGCAAUCGCCCCAAGUACAGCAAAUUGCUCCAGCAUCCCUUCAUUCAGCGCGGCGAGCGGAGUCACACGGACGUGGCGGCGUACGUGAGUGAUGUCCUGGAGUCAAUGGCCAACAAUGGCAUCACACCGUUUACCACCAAUCAGCCGGCCGAGUGCUGGAACAUAGAAUGACUGGGAGCGGCUCUCUCGCCAGUGCGAUAGAAGAGGCCACAGUGUGAAGGGGUGAGGGACGUUUGGUGGGUCAUCCUUUCGGUUGCGGGGGCGUCUAUUAUCUAGGAGUUCUACUAUAAACUAUAGAAAAGAGAAGCAAGAGUUCAGUAAUGUACACACAUUUAAAAAACACGGUUUUCUCUCCCAUUCAAUGACGCAGCAGCAUGCAGUUUAAUGAGAGUGAUUUGAUAUAUAGUGAGAACAAUUAAAUAAACACCUUACACCAAUUUAGAGGUACAUAUAAAAAAUAGCUAUUGUAAUCUUUCAAAGAUAACCUUAAUAGAAAUUGAUGAGAGAACAUAAAGAAAAAAAUACACACAAACACACUUUGAAUUUGAAGGUAAAAAUUAAAAGUAACAAGACAUUAAAGUAGAUUCGAAGCAUUCGAAGAGAAGAAAAGAGAGAUUAAGAGUUAAACAAACUAUAAUGUGGACAAAUGCAUUGCAAGAAAUGUUGCUAGAUAUAAUUUUCACAAAUUGGUUUCAUAUAGACACUCCUACUCUAGCGUGUAUCCUCUCGAGGACUAUUUCCUCGGGAAUUUAAAUUCACAUAACAUGUGUAUCUUUACCAUUCUUUUGCUCUUUAUCAUUAUAAUUCUGUGCAUUCAAUCUUUCCGUUUCCAAAAUGACUUCCUUCUGAACAAUCUUGUGAAGAAUUGUCAGAGAUGAAACUGCAAAUUCUCCAGUUUAUCAUGAAAGAAGAAAAUGAAGAAAGAAAAAUGCAAUAAACCUUACUUAAUAGACAAAGAACUGAGUUGAUAGAAGAUACGUUUUGAAAAGUCAGAGGUGAACAGACGAAAAAGAAAAAGAAUAAAAUAAACGAGAUAGCGUCUCAGGAUUAUUUCUGAUUGUACAUAAGACUUAUUUGACCACCUCUUAUAUUUUUCCCCCCUUUAUACAAAUGAACGCGGAAUUUGGUAGAAUCGAUGAAUAAAUAUAUUUGACCCGGACAAUAAUAUAAAAAUACCCAUUUAAUUGACUCGUUGAAUUGAAAUUGAUGACAAGAAUAACCCAUUGAUCUGAACAAAAUCUUGACACUGAGACAAAACGGUGAGAAUUCAAUAGAGAUUGAUAUAGAAAUUGUCUGGCGCAAUUGUAAUAAUUGAAUUUAUUUUCAGUCGAUUUAUUUUCUCAAUUAUUUCCUCCUUAUUUUCUCAAUUCUGUAUGGCAAGUAAAUAUAUAAAGAAAUAUUGUACCCUAAGAAGAAGAAGAGAAAUGAGUAUUGAAUAAGAUUGCAUAGGAAGUAAAAAUUUUUAAUAAUGGAGCUUAUUAAAAAGAGAAGAAAAUUUUGAAAGUUAUUUUUACACACCAAUAGAAAUUGUGUUGAAGUUUAUGUAUUUUUAAUUGGCAUUCCUAAAAAAUAAAUACUAUGUAAAAAAAAAGUAAUAAAUUAAAGUGACUUAGAAAUAUAACAAAGGAAGUAAAUAAAUAGCACCAUGAUUUA